AUGCUCUUCGGGAAGCUGCUUUUCCGGAUCGAGAAAUGGCCCCACCGAGGUCUUAUUGACACGUUUGUUUCCUUGGGUUCCUCUUGUCGCCUUUUAACACCCUCCACCGAGCCCACCACCAGAUCCUCUUCCAGGUGGGGGGGGGGGGUGCCUGAGCUUCCAUUUUAUGAUGCUGAAACUUACUGUUUUGGGAGCCUGUCUAGUACAGUACACUUUGGUGACGAAGCACGUCUCGUACCGGUACCGGUACCAUGUUGGUUCGAUCGAUCGCGAUCGAUUGGAUCAUUCAGUCUCGUGACUCAAUUUUAG